GUAAUAUUUGUCAUCGGCUGCACUGGAUCUGGUAAAAGUGAUUUGGGUGUGGCGAUAGCGAAGAAAUACAAUGGAGAAAUUAUAAGCGCUGACUCGAUGCAAAUCUAUAAAGGACUAGACAUUGCUACAAACAAGAUAACCAAAGAAGAGGCAGCUGGUAUCCCUCACCAUCUUAUGAGUUUUGUUGACGCUGCAACGGCUCGGUACAACAUUCAUCAGUUCCGUGCGGAAGGUUUGAAGGUUAUCGAGGAAAUCAAAUCACGGGGUCGCAUACCUGUUGUGGUCGGCGGUACGGCGUAUUACGUAGAAAGCCUGUUAUUCGAGGAAAAUAUAAUUGAAACACCAGGUAGUUAUAAAAAUGUUAUGGGCAACAUUUCGAGUCUUUUGCAUCUCCAGUUCACCUUAAGAGUGGAAAAGAUGAAACAAAUGGGUUUAAGAAAGGAGUUGGAGGACUAUUACGACGAGCUCAUCAAUAGAGAUCACUUUGGAGUUUUGCAGUGCAUAGGAUUGAAGGAAUUCAUUCCUUAUUUGGAAUUGCCAAAAGAAGAGAGGUCAUCUUCAAAAGGCGACAUGCUUUUUGAGAAAGGAUGUGACGAUGUCAAACUUCACACACGGCAAUAUGCACGAAGACAGCGCAAUUGGGUGAAUUCAAGAUUCGUUCGACGGCAAGAAGCCAGAGAGGUGCCUUCUUUGAAAAAACUGGACACUUCCAAUAAAGACACAUUUCUCGCCAGCGGUCUGAACAUAGUGGAACAGUGGAUGAGCGGUUGUGAUUUCAAAGAAGAAGUAAGUGGCUUUUACAAGUAG